AUGGGCAGGCCGCCCUGCGCCCAAAGCUUAUCAAGCAACCGGUUGUCUCUCCCCAGCUCUGGAAGGAGCACCUUCUGCUCCAUCAUCGCUCAGCUCACAGACGAGACCCAGCCGCUCUUCGAAACCACGCUCAAGUCCCGGGCUGUGUCCGAGGACAGCGACGUCAGGUUCACCUGCAUCGUCACAGGAUACCCGGAGCCAGAGGUCACCUGGUACAAGGAUGACAUCGAGCUGGACCGCUACUGUGGCUUGCCGAAAUACCAGAUCACUCACCAGGGCAACCGGCACACCCUGCAGCUCUACAGGUGCCAAGAAGAAGAUGCCGCCAUCUACCAGGCCUCUGCCCAGAAUGCCAAGGGCAUUGUGUCCUGUUCAGGGGUGUUGGAGGUGGGCACCAUGACUGAGUACAAGAUCCACCAGCGCUGGUUUGCCAAGCUGAAGCGCAAGGCGGCAGCCAAGAUGCGUGAGAUCGAGCAGAGCUGGAAGCACGGGAAGGAGGCCGCCAGGGAGGCCGACACGCUGCGCAAGCUCAGCCCUGACCGCUUCCAGAGAAAGAGGCGGCUCAGUGGGGCUGACGUGCCUGUGCCCCCUGCCCCUCCCCAGGAGGUUGAGGGCGGGACCCCCGCAGCCUGGCCGGAGGGAGAGACAGAGCCGGCUCAGCACCCAGGCCUGGGCCUGAUCAACAGUUUUGCUCCUGGGGAGGUGACUACCAAUGGGGACACAGCCCCUGAGAACGGAGAGGAUGGGGAGCACGGUUUGCUGACAUACAUCUGUGAGGCUAUGGAGUUGGGACCCCAGAGAGCCCCCCAAAAGGAGUCCGGGGCCAAGAAGAAAAAGAAAGAUGAAGAACCUAAGCAAGGUCAGCAGAAGCCCAAGUUCGAGAAGGCAGCUCAAGUGCCCCGUUCUUCUGAAAACCACGCUCCCCGUUCAGGCGGGCUUGACUCCUGUGGGAGUCAGGGGCCCGUGGACAGGGAGCAGGUUCAGACCCUGCCCAGAGGCAGGGCUGCCCUGGUGCCAGGAUCCUCAGGAGCAGUUGGUGCCAGGGAGCCAGCCUCCACCAUGGGCACUCAAGACAAGGCCCAUGAUGCCACUGCUCCAACCCCUGCCCCUGCCUCAGGCUCUGUCCCAGCUCCAGGUUCAGAGCAGAAGGUGUACUUCUCCCCGAAGGACAUGGAUAUGGAGAGCACCCAGGCACAUGGGCCUCCGGAGGAGGGCUCCCAGCCCCCGCAUAGCAGGGAGUCCCCCUUGUGGAAGGUACCAGGUCAGCCAAGAGUUGAGAAGGAACCUGCUGCCCCUGGCCAGCUCACACCUCCUCCAGCCCCCCAGCCAACGAGGCCUUUCAACAGGAAGAGAUUUGCCCCUCCAAAGCCCACGGAGGAGCCCUCUGUCAUCAGCAAGCCCGACUCUCCCCUGAGUCCGACUUCAGAACUUGGGCCCCAGGGCACCAGGAAGCCCCCGACUCAAGCCUCUGCCCCAGUGCCAACACCCCCUGCCCGGCGGACACACAGCACCCGGGACAGCUCCCUGCAGGGGCGAGCAGGCCACGGGACUUCGGGAGAGGCCACCACGGUUCCCAGGAUGGCAGCCAGCAGCAGCCCCAGCGUAGCCUCACUGGGUCCCAGCACCUCUGGAAGUCAGGGCAGCAUGGAGCCCAUGAGCACGAGAACCCAGGAGGAGGGGAGAGUCUCUACUGACCAGACAGCAGGAGGCCACAAGAAUGUCCAGGCAGAUGAGAGGACACAACCGGACAGGAGGUUGCUGCCACCGGGAGACAGAACACAAACCAGCCAGCGGCCUCAGGCAGAGAGAGGGCUGCAGGUGGAUGCUGUGGCACGAGAAGGCACAAGGACAUUCGGCACAUCUCAGGAUGUGGCGGCACAAGGAAGAGCAGGGACACAGGUGGGAAGGACACAGGCAGGUGAGAAGAUGCAGGUGCACAGGAAGAUGGAGGCAGAUGAGAGGACUCAGGAGGACAGAAGGAUCCAGGGAGAGGAGAGGCCGCAGUCAGAGAGAAGCGUACCCACAGUCAUAGGAGGUCAGCCGGAGCAGGGGCCCAAGAGCAGCCACAGCCGGAAGUCUAGAGCCCCUACACCCCCUUCUUCAGAGGGCCCUAGCCCCCCACAGGUUACUAGACACUUUAAGCAGAGCCCAGAAGGGUCCUCUGUCUCAGACAAGCCUGGUUUUAUGCUCAGCUCUGAGGAGGCUGUGGCAAUAGCCUCCAGAAACCACGAAGAAGCCGCACCAGGCCCCUUGUCAGGGCCCCUCUCACACCCAGCACAGCUGCCUCCCGAGAGGAACUCGGAGCAGAUGGGAGGAGAGAGCAGUCCAGGGCUGGGGAGGUCCAGCCCAGUCAAAGACAAGCUGGAGGCCAGCUUGUACCAGUGCCCAAAGGAGGGCUGGCAUGGGGAAGUGCUGUCUGGGGAUCUGGGCAGCUGUCCCCCAGCUGGUCAGAGUCCCGAGGCGCCCACCAUGGCCUCUCAUUUUGAGAAUGACCUGCCCAGCAGCCCAGCAGAGCAGUCGCCCAGCACCCUGGCUUCUCAGCACGUGAGCACUGCUGCCUUACCUGGAGCUGCCCCCACACCACCUCCAGGGCUGAGCACCCCCACCCAGAGUCAACCUCUAGCAACGGUGGCUCCCGGCAGGGAGGGGGCCUGCUCCAACAUGUCUGAUGUGGGUGGUGGGACCCCAAGCCCCCGGAGCUGUGACCCUGGCCUCAUAGAUUCCCUGAAGAACUAUUUGCUUCUGCUGCUAAAGCUGUCAGGCACGGAGACACGUGGUGGGGCAGCAGAGCCCCGGGCAAGUAUGGCCCCCGGGGGCCCUGUGCCCUCACCUUCGCUGGCCCCUGCCGUGGAAGUGGCUGGCCUGAGUCCCCGGACGUCGCGGCGCAUCCUGGAGCGCGUGGAGAACAACCAUCUGGUGCAGAGCGCCCAGAGCCUGCUGCUGAGCCCCUGUACGUCCCGCCGCCUCACCGGGCUCCUGGACCGAGAGGUGCAGGCUAGCCAGCAGGCCUUGGCCGCUGCCCGGGACCCCCAGGGCCCUGCCCCCAGCCCCCUCAGCAUCCCUGCCAUUGUGGUUGGUGAGGAGGGCCCCGGAUCAAGAUCAGAAGAAGGAUCCGGUGAGGGUAUGGGCCAGGGCGAAGAAAAGGCUUCCUUUGAGGGGCCUGGCCACACUGGAGCCGCCCAAGAGACCAGUGGGAGUGGGCCAGCCGCGGUUGUGGGCAGGCAGGUGGCCUCCGGGCAGCGACUGCUCCCAGUACAAGGCCAAGCACAGGAUCCCAUCCCAGAGGAAGAGGCCUCAGGGGAGGCCCUGCCAGGUCUUCCUGCAGCCACACCUGAGGAGCUGGCUCUCGGGGCCCGGAGGAAACGAUUUCUCCCAAAGGUCAGAGCAGCAGGAGAUGGGGAGGUGGCCAAGCCCGAAGAAAGGGAGAGUCCCACGAUCUCCCCUCGGGGGUCCAGGAAGAAUCUGACGCCUGGGUCCCCAGGGAGUCCAGGGCGGGAGAGAUGCUCCCCUAUCCAGGGGAGGAAGGCAGGUCUGCUGGAGGUGCCAAGGUUGGAGGAGGAGCCAGUGCCAGGAGACCCAGGGGCCAGUGCCAAGGCCGGUGGCCUGGAUGCAGAGCCGGCACUGGAUGACAGCAAGCAGGAUACUCCAGCCAAGCCCAGGAAAGCCAAAGACCUUCUCAAAGCGCCACAGGUGAUCCGGAAGAUUCGGGUGGAGCAGUUUCCGGACGCCUCGGGCAGCCUGAAGCUCUGGUGCCAGUUCUUCAACAUUCUUAGUGACUCAGUCUUGACAUGGGCCAAGGAUCAGCGCCCAGUGGGCGAGGUGGGCAGGAGUGCGGGGGACGAGGGGCCGGCGGCCUUGGCCAUCGUGCAGGCGUCCCCCGUGGACUGCGGCACCUAUCGGUGCACCAUCCGCAAUGAGCACGGCUCCAUCUCCACCGACUUCUGCCUCAGCCCCGAGGUGCUGUCGGGAUUCAUCUCCAGAGAAGAAGGUGAAGUUGGAGAGGAGAUUGAGAUGACCCCCAUGGUGUUUGCCAAGGGCCUGGCCGAUUCUGGUUGCUGGGGAGACAAGCUCUUUGGGCGCCUGGUGAGCGAGGAGCUGCGAGGGGGUGGACGUAGCUGUGGCCGUCAGAAGGCCUCCCAGGCCAAGGUCAUCUAUGGGCUGGAACCUAUCUUUGAGUCGGGCCGAACCUGCAUCAUCAAGGUGUCCAGUCUGCUUAUGUUUGGGCCAAGCAGCGAGACUUCUCUCCUGGGCAGAAACUACGAUGUCACCAUCCAGGGCUGCAAGAUCCAGAACAUGAGUCGCGAGUACUGCAAGAUCUUUGCGGCCGAAGCCCGGGCUGUGCCUGCUUUUGGGGAGGUGCCUGAGGUCAUCCCACUGUAUCUGAUCUACCGGCCUGCCAACACUAUCCCCUAUGCCACGCUGGAGGAGGACCUGGGCAAGCCCCUGGAAUCGUACUGCUCCCGGGACUGGGGCUGUGCUGGGGCUCCAGCAGCAUCUAGCAGCUCUGAGGCCAUGCAAAAAUGCCAGACCUUCCAGCACUGGCUGUAUCAGUGGACGAACGGCAGCUUUCUUGUGACAGAUUUGGCAGGGGUUGACUGGAAGAUGACUGACGUGCAGAUUGCCACCAGACUUCCAGGAUACCAAGGUCUCAAGGAGAGCUGUUUCCCUGCCCUGCUCGACCAGUUUGCCUCCACACACCAGUGCAGCACCUACUGUGAGAUGCUGGCGCUAAACGCCAUCAAGGUCCCCGAGGUCAAGGCUAAAGGCUCCAAGAGUCCAACCUACGGCAGGAAGGGUGCCCAGCUGAGUCCUCAGCCCCAGAAGAAAGGCCCGCCCAGUCCUCAGGGCACACGAAAGAGUGCAAGUACGAAGGCCACUCCUCAGACCCCAGAGGCAGUGACUGCCCGCUUACUGGGACAGCCCGCCACCCAGGCAGGAGACGCCAAGGCCCAGGGCCUGCGAUAGCCCUCACAGGAGGCUGGGGGCCGCCACCCAGCAGCAGACCAACCAGGAAGCAGCUUGAACCCAAUGGAGACUUUGGCAGUAUGGAACUGGAGACCGAGCACUGAGGAGGGCCCCGCGGGGGGACCCCUCUGAGCAGCCUCUCCUCAGUCGGCUCCUCAUCAGAUGGCCAGUGCAUGGCCCACCGCCCACCAACCUCUCCUGGUGUCAUCCACCCCCCAGGACUCCAAGUGCCUAGUGGCCUGGGCCCCCCUGAUGUUUACACUCGCCACUGCUGGAGGCUCCCGGAGUCCUCUGCAUGAGUUCGGCACCCCACCCUGCGCCCCCACAAACCCUGCAGAGAGAGUGGUCCUCUAGGGGUUCUCCUGCAGGCUGGCACCUCCCUCACCCCCUCACAGGGCCCUGCUUCUGCCCUGUUCUCAGGGCGCCAGACCUGUGUGUGUCUGGUCUAGCUCAUGUCUCUCAGGGUCUCUUCUUGCAGCUCCUUUGUCUGACUCACCCCGCUUAUCCUGCAUCUAACUGCCCUCAGCCCGGACGGAGCUCAGGGCCCUUCCCGAGCUGCCGCGCCCUUGUGCAGUGGUCUUUGAUGAGUGUUCAGAUUCCUGCUAUGUCCCACCACUCAGACACCCCUCAGCUGCCCUUGCCCCUUGCCCCUGCACAGCCCUACCUUGGAAUCCACUUGCAUCCUGCUGCCUGCCCUGCCCUGGCCCUUUCUCCAAGGGCUAUUCUUACCCUCACACCUACCUGCCCACCAAUACCCAGGAGGGGAGCAGACCCCCUGGCCUCUCACUCCACCCCAGUACACUUCCCCCACCUCCCUAGGAGGGGAGGGCCGAGAUGAGGAUGUUGUCAGUCCCUGUGGACGGAGGGAACAUGUUGAUUUUCAGGGGCCUUGUGCUCCACACUGCAAGGAGGCGGGGUCACAGGGAAUUUCACACCCCCUGUCCACCAAGUAGAGGGCUGAGAGACUGCCCUAUGGCGUGGGGGAUGGGGCUAGUGGGGGAGGGAGCGGCCCCUAAGGAGAAUGUAAUCCGUCUGUGUGCUGUGGUGGGAGCCAGGACCCCUGCCAACCAUUAGAUCCUGAUCUGGGGCUCCAGCUCUGGGGCCUCCUGUAUGGACCCCCAGGAAAUGGCUCUGCUCAGCCAGCACCCUGAUUCCUUCCCGUCUUGAAGCCUGGGAUGGGUUGGGUGUGGAGCUAGUCUGCUCCCCUUGGAAUGCAAUAAACGUAGCAGCUGUGUAUCCUGCUCACUCUCA